AUGGAUGUGAAGAAGUACUGGUUUGGUUCAAGAAGUAAAAGGACACAAGACAUCCGGUUAGGUCGGAGCUACACAAAACCUCGCUACGAUGGCACAAAAACAGUGUGGCAGAUGCUUUGGAGAAAACUGAAAAUAUCAGCAGAUAAGAAGAGAGUGUUCAGUUCUCCCACUACGAUGGAGGGUGUUUAUGAUCCACAAACAUACUCAAUGAACUUUGAUCAUGGAAUGGGAUGGAUGGAGCCAGACAACCUCCCACGUUCCUUCUCAGCUCGGUUUGCUGAUCCAUCUAGGAUCUUACCACCAAAGCAUUUGUUGGAUUGA